GCGAGAUUCACUUCAUUUCGUGGAUAAACGUCGAGUGGCUAUUUGGGGAUGGAGUUACGGUGGAUUUAUAGCUGCACAUGUACUGGCUCAUCCCAAUCAGAACAUUUUCCAUUGUGGUAUUAGUGUGGCACCUAUUGUUUCCUGGAAACUGUACGAUUCUGCUUAUGCUGAAAGGUUUAUGGGCUCCCCUAAUAUAUCAUGGAAUCAGAAAGGUUACGACGAAGCUGACUUAAGUAGAAAAGUAGAGAACUUACGAAAUAAAAUGUUUUAUCUUGUCCAUGGAUCGGCUGAUGAUAAUGUCCAACUUCAACAAACAAUGAUUCUUUCUCAUCAUCUGGCAGAAAAAAGUAUUUUAUUCCGGCAACAGAUUUAUCCUGACGUUGGACAUAACUUAGCUGGAGUAAAAGAGCAUCUUUAUCUAUCAAUGGCUAAAUUUUUUGAUGAUUGUUUCGAAAAACAAAUACCUAUUGACUCUAAAGUUGGUUUAAGCAGUGGAGGAACUGGUUCACACUGAAAUUAAACAAAUAUGUUACGUGGUAAAAUUUGAACAAUGUAAGAAACAAUCUACG